CUAACUUGGCAGAAAUCAAAGAAAACUGUCAGAGUGAGCAUUCUAACUUUAUUUCAGAGGAAAAGAACAUCAGAAGCGUUAUGUCUGAUUGGAGUCUUUCAGACCCAUUACCAUCAAAUGAGAAAGAGGUGGCCAACGAAGGCAACGAAAAUCAAGUGGACGAUCAUUUGAAUAUCCACCAAGAUUCAGAUAUAGAAGGGUAUACACCCCCGGGUACACCCCCAAAAAGAGAUAUGGAGGGAAAGUCUCAACCUACUGACUCACAAAUGGAGUGGAGAAUGGAUAAUCUGGAGAAUGCUCUCGAGAGACACUCCGAUAUACUCGACAAUCAUGCUGAAAUAAUCAGAGAUCAAACAGUAGCCAUACUCGAUAUGAAGGAAAAUAUUGACAACCUAAACACCGUCAUACAGAAACUCACAGAACAAAUAGGAAAAUUAACUUCAGAGACGGAACAAGCGCAUUAGGCGACCUCAGCAGAGCUUGUAAUGAACUCAGACGAUCUAUUGCC